AUGUAUGGUUCAAGCUCAACUUCAUCCAAAGAUGAUACUGUCGUCUCAAUCCCCAGCACCGAAAAAAGGCCUGCUGCAGUUCUUGAAGAAGUCGCUCAGCGCGAUCCAAAGCUCGCGAAAAGGAUUAUGACUAACCGGAGGUCGGCUAUGAGAGCAAAGGAGAGGAAGAAGAUGUACAUUCAGACGCUUGAAUGCAACAUACAAAGGUUGCAGUUUGAAUUAGCUGCUCUGACUGCUCAGUUGGAACAAUGGCAGGUAGACACCCUUUACAUAACUGCAGAAAACAAUAGAUUGAAAGAAUGUCUACACCAUAUUUUGGAAGACAUUGAAUUGCAAGACGCCUUGAAUUAUCAUAGCAGAAAUGAGAUUGAACGUCUGAAAAGACUUGUUUUCUCAAACAAUGACUCAAAAUAUUGA